AUGAAUUCUCAAAUCUUUCUCAAAUUUUCCUUCAUCUUCCUCUUUUACUCUUUUGCUGUUGCUCUGGCCAAAAGUAAUCGUUCAAACAACGAGACGGUUACAACUACGGCCACCACUACCAUUCCCACUUCGACACCCACCAUGACACACAACUCAACAUUUACUAACACCACUACUACUGGCGCCAUUACUCGAACUGACGGUGGAGUUUUACCUACCAGUACCGCUAAUGCAAUUAAAGUGUUAAAAUAUAAUUACGAUAUUGUUGCCAUUUGUGCUGUAAUUUGGGCCUUCUUACAACUAUGUUUCCUUAAUUCCUUAUCUUUAUGCGAAUAG